AUGGGAUCCCAAAAUCUGGAGCCGAUCGCAAUCGUGGGAAGCGCUUGUCGGUUCCCUGGAGGCGUUAAUUCUCCUUCUGCUCUCUGGAAAUUGCUGGAAGACCCAAAGGAUGUGUGUACGGAUAUCCCCUCAGACCGAUUCGACACGACCGGAUUCUAUCACCCAGAUGGAAAACACCACGGCGCCACCAAUGUGAGGAAAUCUUAUCUCCUACAAGAAGACCUGCGCCUCUUCGACACUACCUUUUUCAACAUCAGCCCCAAUGAGGCGGAUUCGAUGGAUCCACAGCAGAGGAUCCUUUUGGAGACUGUCUAUGAAGCCCUUGAGGCUGGCGGUCACACCAUGGAGAGCCUCCGGGGCUCCGACACGGCCGUGUUUACCGGCACUAUGGGCGUCGACUAUAACGAUACCGGUAUUCGCGACUUGAACACUGUCCCAACUUACUUUGCCACUGGAGUUAACCGUGCUAUAAUCUCCAACCGUGUGUCAUACUUCUUUGACUGGCAUGGUCCCAGUAUGACUAUCGACACGGCUUGUUCAUCGAGUCUCAUCGCCGUGCACCAGGCUGUAAAAGCCCUUCGCACAGGCGAGUCGCGAGUCGCCCUUGCAUGCGGUACACAAGUGAUCCUCAAUCCCGAAAUGUAUGUGAUUGAAAGUAAGUUGAAGAUGCUUUCUCCAACCGGACGUUCGCGCAUGUGGGACGCCGACGCCGACGGUUAUGCUCGUGGAGAGGGUAUGGCGGCCAUUGUUUUGAAGCGCCUUAGCGAUGCGAUUGCAGAUGGCGAUCACAUUGAAUGUCUCAUCCGGCACACUGGGUCUAACCAAGACGGUUACUCUAAUGGCAUUACGGUACCCAGCACCGAAGCUCAAGCAGCACUGAUUCGGCAAACCUACGCCCAGGCCGGGCUGGACCCGGAGCGUUGUGCUGAAGAUAGCCCGCAGUUCUUUGAGGCCCACGGCACGGGCACUAAGGCCGGAGAUCCAAAGGAGGCCGCUGCUAUCUAUCAGUCUUUUGGUCGCCAUAAAAGCGCCGGCGAUACGCCUCUGUAUGUAGGCUCCAUCAAGACGGUGAUAGGGCAUCUUGAAGGUUCAGCCGGUCUUGCAGGACUUCUGAAGGCCUCUGGGAGCAUUCAGAACGGCGUGAUUGCCCCCAACCUCUUGUUCCAGCGCCUUAACCCAGAUAUUGAGCCUUUCUACAAGGGACUCCAAGUCCCUACGGAAGUCAUCCCAUGGCCGCAACUCCCGGCAGGUGUUCCGCGACGCGCUAGUGUCAACAGCUUUGCAGGUUUUGGUGGAAGCAAUGCCCAUGCUAUCCUUGAAGAGUAUCGGGGCCCGUCAGGCCAAAGUGAAGGUACAUCUGGCAGCCAAGAUGGUGCCAUCUUUACACCCUUCGUUUUCUCGGCCUUUUCAGAGAGCUCGCUUGUCGCCCAGCUGCGUGCAACGGCAGAUUAUCUCAGGACACAACAGGAGAAGGUCAACGCCAAGGACCUUGCCUGGACGCUGCAGUCUCGCAGGAGCCAGUUCCCCACCAAGCUGGCCUUGUCGGCAUUGAACAUUGAGGAAUUGGUGUCCAAGAUUGACGCCAAGCUUGCCCCGUUGGCUCAAAAUCCCAACAUCGCCAUUGGAACCAAGGCGAGCUCCAAGGCGGCAUCAGCGGGACCCAAGAUCCUGGGCGUUUUCACCGGUCAGGGCGCCCAGUGGGCAUCCAUGGGAGCCGAGUUGAUUAGGUCGUCUACCUUCGUGGCCAAGAGGAUCGAUGAAUUGGAGCAGUCGUUGGCUGCCCUUCCGGCUUCAGACCGACCCCAAUGGAGUUUGAAGGCUGAAAUCAUGGCGAGCAGUGAUACGUCGCGCAUUGGUGAGGCCGCGUUGUCACAGCCCUUAUGUACUGCCAUUCAAGUCGUCCUUGUCGACCUGCUGCAGUCGGCUGGUAUUAGUUUCUCAGCCGUUGUAGGACACUCAUCUGGUGAAAUUGCUGCGGCCUAUGCCGCCGGAUUCUUCUCAGCCGACGACGCUGUACGCAUUGCCUACUAUCGUGGAUUGCAUGCACGACUGGCAGGGAACGCGUCUACUGGCCAAAGCGGUGCAAUGAUCGCAGUGGGCACUUCGUGGGAAGAUGCACAGGAUCUCAUCAGUCUACGAGCCUUCAAGGGUCGUUUGGCUGUCGCCGCUCACAACUCUGCAGCCAGUGUAACACUUUCCGGUGAUGCUGAUGCAGUCGCACAUGCGAAGAGGGUGUUUGACGAUGAAAAGAAGUUUGCCAGGGUUCUCAAGGUCGACACUGCCUAUCACUCUCACCACAUGCUACCAUGUGGCGACCCAUACAUUUCCUCUCUGCAGAGCUGUGGAAUCCAGAUUAACAAGACCCAAAAAGACAACUCCUGUGUCUGGUUCUCCAGCGUUACUCCUAGCAGUCAAGGAAUGGAGCCCAUUGAUGCUUUGAAGGACAUUUACUGGAGAGACAAUAUGACUAACGCAGUGCUCUUUGCUGAUGCCGUAAAGAACGCCGUCGCCAGCGACGAGCAACUUAGCCUCGUACUCGAGGUAGGCCCUCAUCCCGCCCUCAAGGGUCCAGCUACGCAAAACAUUGCAGACCUACGGCCAUCUCCCAUCCCGUACAGCGGUGUCUUGAGCCGUGGGGCCAACGAUGUCAACGCCUUCUCAGACGCCCUGGGAUUCGUAUGGACUCACUUCGGCAGCCAGCACGUCGACUUCCAGAGUUAUACAAAGCUUGUCAGCGACGAAGAGCGUCAGCCAAAGCUCGUGGUCGGUUUGCCGUCGUACCAGUGGAAUCACGCAAGGCUGCAUUGGAACGAAUCACGCAGGUCAAAGAGGCUUCGUGGGCGCAAACAAGCUACGCAUGAGAUUUUGGGCACAAUCCUCCCCGAGUCCACCCCACAGGAUCUUCGAUGGUCCAACAUACUGAAAGUGUCAGAGAUGCCGUGGAUGGAGGGCCAUCAACUUCAGAGCCAGACGGUUUUCCCAGCCGCGGGUUACAUCGCCAUGGCAUUGGAGGCAUCCAAGUUCCUGGCAGCUGACAAAGAGGUGAAGGUGUUCGAAGUGAACGAUCUGGCUAUUCCCAGAGCCGUCACAUUUGAGGAAGGAGAUACAUCUGGUGUUGAAACCCUGGUCACGCUGACGGACAUUCGGCAACACCAGAAUCAGUAUCUUGCGGCUAACUUCUCUUGUUACUCCCUUCCCGUUCUCAGCUCUGGGUCGGAGCAGGAGAUGGAGCUCAUAGCCACUGCAACUGUGAAAAUCAUUCUGGGCACCCCGAGCGUGGAGUCCUUGAUGGCUCCCCCGGCCGAAGACUACAAUUUAUUCCCAAUCGAUGCCGACCGCUUCUACUCGACCUUGGAGGGUCUCGGAUAUGGCUACUCGGGCCCAUUCAAGACGUUUUCGUCCAUGAAGCGUCGGCUUGACUACGCUACCGGACAGGUGGCCACGUACGUCUAUUCGGAGGAAGACACUUCGCCGUAUCUCUUCCAUCCAAGCACACUCGAUGUCGCUUUCCAUGCGGCUAUGCUUGCGUAUUCAAGCCCUGGCGACGAACGACUAUGGUCUCUACAUGUUCCCACUGGAAUUCGAAGUGUCCGCGUUAACCCGGCCCUCUGUUCUUUGCUGCCGGCAACGGGCACUCGACUUCCCGUGCAUGCCUCUAUCGACGGCACGUCGACUUCAUUUUCGGGAUAUGUAGAUUUGCUGAGCGAGGAUGGAGAGUAUUCAGCAGUACAGAUCGAAGAUCUCAGCAUCAAGACGUUCGCUCCCGCCACCCAGGCUGAUGAUCGGGUUCUCUUUACCCACACAAAGCUCGACAUCGCCGCCCCAGAUGGCGCUGCAGUCGCUGAAGGAGUGCGUCCGACGGCACUGGAAAAGGAGCUUGCUCAUGCCUGCGAACGGAUGGCGUACUACUACGUUCGAAAAUGGGACUCGGAGCUAUCUGAUGACGAGUGGGCCAACGGACAGCCGCACUACAAGUACUUGCACGACUGGGUGAAGCGUACCCUCGAUCUUGCCAAGAAGGGCCAGCACCCAACUCUGCAGAGGAAGUGGGCCAAUGACACCGCUGAAGAGAUCAAUGCUCUCAUGGAUCAGUAUCCGGACAAUCUGGAUGUGAAGAUGAUCCGCACCGUGGGAGAAAAGAUUCCGCCAGCAGUCCGUAAUGAGACGACCAUUUUGGAGCACCUUUUACAAGACAACAUGUUGGAUGACUUUUAUAAGCUGGGCUCUGGAUUCCAGAGAUACAACCAGUUCUUGGCGUCAAUGAUGAAGCAGAUCACCCAUCGUUACCCUCACACCAAGAUUCUCGAAAUUGGUGCCGGUACCGGUGGAGCUACGAAAUACGUGCUCAAGGCCAUGGGCGACAAGAUGGCUUCAUAUACCUACACUGAUAUCUCGGUAGGAUUCUUCGCCAAAGCGGCUGAGAUCUUCAAGGAAUACAGCGACAAGAUGACAUUCAAGGUACUUGAUGUGGAGAAAUCCCCAUCUGCUCAAGGAUACGAACAGCACUCGUACGACAUUGUCAUUGCAUCCAACGUCCUCCACGCCACAGAGUCGCUUCACACAACGCUGGUGAACACACGCAAGUUGCUCAAGCCUGGUGGCUACUUGUUGCUUCUGGAGAUCACCAACAACAACCCCAUCCGCACCGGGCUCAUUUGGGGCACAUUUGCCGGCUGGUGGCUUGGAGUUGAGGAUGGACGCAGAUGGGCACCGACCAUUAGCCCAGGCCAGUGGCAUUCGGCUCUGCGCAAGGCUGGGUUUGCAGGUGUCGAUGCCGUGACUCCUGAAAUCGACACGGUAGCCUGGCCAUUCUCCAUUAUGGCCUCGCAGGCAGUCGAUGAUCGUGUCACAUUCCUCCGCCAACCGCUUUCGUCCCUUUCGCCGCCGAUACACAUUGAAAGCUUGGUUAUUCUUGGAAAUCAAAGCCUGCAAACAGCUCGCCUGGCCGAAGAGUUGGCUGAUAAUCUCAGGCGCUUCUGCGGCGAGCUGACAAUCCUCGAUAGCCUGCCCACCGACGAGGAAUCGCUUGAUCUGGCGCCACAAAGUACUUUUAUCAACCUGGUCGAUAUCGACUCGCCCAUCUUCAAAGACAUUACUAGUGAAGGGAUGGGAGGUCUGCAGCGCAUGUUUGAGCUGGCUAAGCACGUCUUGUGGAUCACGUCGGGUGCUCUGAUUGAAGAGCCAUAUCACAUGUCGAGUAUCACCUUUAGCCGUGUCGUUCGUCGCGAGUCUGGGCAUAUCAAUCUUGCUCACCUCGAUGUCUCUGAUCUGCAGCAGUCUGAUGUGCCCAAAGCCAUUUCCAAGCACCUGUUGCAGCUGGUUGCGCUUGACGAGUGGGAGACACCCGCCAUUGGAGCUGAUGGACAAGAAGAGCAGCAGCGCAUCCUUUGGUCCAAGGAGUCCGAGGCCUUUUUGGAGAAUGGAACUCUGCUGCUUCCAAGACUUGUCAACAACGUCGAGCAAAAUGCCCGCCUCAAUUCGGCCAGACGUACCAUCUAUAAAGAGGUACCAAUCCGUAGCCCGACUGUCACUUUGAUCCCGCCGUCCGGUACUUCCCCGCCGUCGUUGGCAGAGCCCACGUCUCUUGUCCCGCGCAGGUCAGACAACCUUCUCUGGGUAGACUCCUCCAGUCUCUUGGCGCUCAAUGUGCACUCAGACUCGUAUCUCUUCCUCGCCGUUUCCAAAGAGGAUGCCACUGGCCGUCCAUUGCUUGUGCUUUCCACAACCAACUCAGUGGCCAUGGCCCCAGUAGCAACGUUGGAAGCACCCCUGGAUGCCAAAACCUACGCGAAGAACCCAUCAGAGUCAAGCAAUCGAUUGCUUGUCACCGCUGCUAGCGAAAUCCUUGCUUCAUCACUGAUCGACCGUCUGUCGCCGGGAAGCAGCGUGCUUGUUCACUGCUCUAACAAGGACAGAUUCCUCGCUGCGGCUUUGUCUCGCCGUGGAUCUCCCGCAGCCGUCACAUUCACUUUCACUUUUGAUGCAGACGAUAAAUCGGGCACAGAGAACUCGGCGUGGGUACCACUUAGCGGACGUGCAUCAAACUAUGGCAUACGGAAGGCGAUGCCGAGUGCCAGACCUACUCACUUCUUGGACUUGACUGCUGGCACUGGACUCGGCCUGCGGAUUUCCCAACUAUUGCCGUCGACUUGCCAUCGCAUCGAAAUCUCUUCUCUAGUCCGGAAUGAGUCCACGGUUGCUUCGAGCUGUGAUCCCGAUACAUUGGCUAAUCGCCUCCGAGAAACCUGUUUGGGCGAUGAGCUGACAUCUGCCUUGGCUGGUGAGCAAGGGGAACUCAAAGAUUUGGUCAUUGCAGCCGACCACCUAGACACCAGCGCAACCUAUCACGCCACGAGCGCCGUAUACUGGCCUUCAACGGGCCUUGUCAAGGUGGGCGUGAGCUCGAUCGACGGCACCGGCCUCUUUUCAAGGGACAAGACAUAUCUCCUCGUAGGCCUCACCGGUAAGAUAGGGCAGUCUAUCGCCAAGUGGCUGGUUGCCAAUGGAGCCGGAUGUGUCUGCCUGAUGAGUCGUAACCCCAACAUUGAGCCAGCAUGGAUCGAGAGCUUCCAGGGAACCGGCGGAGACGUCAAGAUCUAUUCGAUGGACUCCACUGAUAUAACCAGUGUCGAGACCGUUAUGAACGAGAUCCGGGCAACCUGCCCUCCCAUUGGCGGCGUAGCUCAUGGUUCUAUGGUUCUCCACGACUCCCUGUUUUCCAAGAUGACAGUUGAGGACAUGAAAACAGUCCUCGCUCCCAAGAUUGAUGGUGCUAUAUAUCUGGACCAGCUUUUCUACGACGAUGACCUAGAUUUCUUUGUCUUGUUCUCGUCAGCCGCAUGCGUUGUCGGUAAUCUUGGCCAGGCCAACUAUGCGGCCGCCAAUGGCUACCUCAACUCUCUUUCUAGGCAGAGACGUCGUCGUGGUGUGGCAGGUAGCACCUUUGAUAUUGGACAGGUGGCUGGUGUCGGAUAUAUUGAGUCGGCAGGCCAAAUCGUCAUGGAUCAGCUGUCCGCGCUCGGUCUGCAACGGCUGUCCGAAGCUGAUCUGCAACAGGUAUUCGCCGAGACCAUCCGAGCUGGCCGACCGGAUCCCAAGGACGCUGAGGAGACACCCUUCGCGGUUGUGACGUCUGGUAUUCGUAACUUUUCCGAAGACGAAAACAUCAAGGGGCCAUGGUUUACCAACCCUUUCUUCUCCCACUGUGUCAUCGAUGCCAAGGUGGCCGAGCUGGAGUCUGACAGUUCCGACAAAAAGUCCAACAUCCCUGCAGCCCGGCAGCUGGUCAAGGCAACCAGCCGAGAGCAGGCAUUGGACAUCCUGAAAGAAUGUUUCGCUACCAAGCUACGCGUGAUCCUGCAGCUGGGUAGCCAGGAUAUAGAUUACGAUGCGCCGCUUGUUGAGCUUGGCAUCGACUCGCUCGUCGCGGUCGAGGUCCGCUCGUGGUUCUUGAAAGAAGUCCGAGUGGACAUUCCCGUGCUCAAGGUGGUCGGAGGAGCGUCCUUGGCCGAACUUUGCGACAGGGCCGUGGACAAACUGCCUGAAGAACUCCUUGUCAGCGUCGGUAAACAAGGGGAAUCACAACCACCGGCUUCCAGUGCCCAGCCCCAGCCCGUAGCCCCGAAGCCCAAGCCUCUCCCGGUGCCAUCCUUUGUUGUCGAUUCAAACGGUCCCCCCUCUGAAGUCAGCGUCAGCCCUGCCGGGACACCACUGCUCAGCGCUGGCCCGGCGAGCUAUUCGGCCACCGAGGCGUCGACCCGGUCCGGCUCUCCCUCGGAAGCCACGCGGCUGUCUCAGAAGCGCCCUGCGAAACGGUUCAUCAAGAGCGUGCCCAUAUCUCUUGGGCAGUCGCGCUUCUGGUUCCUCCAGCAGUUGUUGGACGACCAGAGGACUCACAACGUGGCGUACUACUACCACAUCAAGGGCAACCUGGACGUGGGUGAUAUGGAGAGAGCCGUCCGCCUUGUCGCUUCCAGACACGAGGCUCUGCGCACCUGUUUUGUACAAGACGAGACCGAUGCUUCCCAGGCUUACCAGAAGGUUCUCCCUAGUUCCCCAGUACGCCUGAUCUGCAAGAAAAUAGACUCUGAAGAUGAUGUCGCUUCAGAGUAUCAAAGCCUGCGGGCCCACGACCUUGACAUGGCGAGCGGCGAGCUGCUGAAGCUGGUACUUCUCACGCUCUCGCCGUCAUCGCAUUUCCUUCUUAUGUACCACCACCACAUCAUCAUGGACGGCAUCAGUUUACAGGUUUUCCUUUCGGAUUUAGAAAAGGCGUACAAGGGUGAGUCUCUCGGGCCGGCCCCGAAGCAGUACCCAGAUUUCUCAAAGGCACAGCGCCAGGCCUUUGAGAAUGGCGAAAUGAAAAAGGAGUUGGCGUUUUGGCGGCGUAUUUUCCCGGAUGGCGAGCAGCCACCCGUGCUCCCUCUACUUCCCAUGGCCCGAACAAACGCCCGAGUUCCCAUGGCCAAGUUCGAUACUCACCAGGUUCAAGCUCGAGUCGACGCCGCCUUAGCUGCAAAGGUCCGAACGGUCGCCAAGCAGCAGCGGUCCACUCCAUUCCAUCUAUACCUGGCUGCCUUCAAAGCCCUACUCUUUUGUUUUACCGACGCAGAUGAAUUGACCAUUGGAGUUGCUGAUGGGGCUCGCCAUGACAGCAGCUUGAUGGGAAGUAUAGGGUUCUUCCUCAACUUGCUGACAUUGCGAUUCCGCCGUCAAGCCAACCAGCCAUUCACCGAGGCCAUCGCGGAGGCGCGCAAGAUUAGCCAUGCCGCGCUGGAGAACUCGCGGGUGCCCUUUGAUGUCCUGUUGUCAGAGCUGAACGUUGCACGCUCUUCGACACACAGCCCAUUUUUCCAGGCCUUUAUCGACUACCGCCAAGGCCACCAGGAGGAACAGACUUGGGGCAACUGCCAAAUGCGCAUGUCAGAAGAGGUACACACAGGGAAGACGGCGUAUGAUAUAACCGUUGACGUUACCGAAACGGAUGCCGCGGCUUUCAUCUUUUUCCGCGGGCAAAAGAGUAUCUAUGACCAAGAAGCGACCCAGCUGCUUUGCGAUACCUAUGUCCACUUCCUUGAGGUUCUCACUAGUGAACCUUCCCUGGUGAUGAGUGCGAUCCCCCGGUUUAGUGAGAAGCAGCUGGCGGAAGCCGUCCAAGUUGGUCGCGGCCCGAAGCUCGUUUCCGACUGGCCAGAGACGCUGCCCCUUCGAAUCGACCAGGUUGCUCGGGAGAAUCCAGACAAGGUUGCCCUUAUGGACGGCACAGGUAAGGCACUGACUUAUGCGUCAAUGAUCAACCGCAUUCACGCCAUCGCCGAGGCCUUGCAAGAAGCGGGAGUCGGACCUGGACUACGGGUACUUGUAUUCCAGCAGGCAACUUCCGACUGGCCGUGUUCGAUGCUUGCCAUCAUGCGGCUGGGUGCGAUUUACGUUCCGCUUGAUCUUCGCAAUCCCCUGCCGCGUCUGGCAGCCGUCGCCCAGGAUUGUGAGCCUACAGCGAUCUUAGCAGAUGCCUCCACGUUAGAUGAUGCGUCUCAGCUCGGUGUACCCUCGGCACGACUCAUUGAUGUAUCCCUCGUAAAGACCUCUCCUUCAAAUGAGGUUAUCAACGACUCACGAGCGCACUCGACUGCCGCAAUUUUGUAUACGAGCGGUUCCACAGGAACGCCUAAAGGCAUCAUGGUCACCCACGAGGGCCUGAGGAAUGAGAUCGAAGGCUAUACAAAGACCUGGAAGCUGGGACCCGAACGUGUGCUCCAGCAGAGUGCCUUUACCUUUAACCACUCUUCGGACCAGAUUUACACAGGCCUCGUUAACGGCGGCAUGGUGUAUGUCGUUCCUUGGGACAAACGCGGCAACGCACUGGAGAUUACCAAAAUUAUCCAAGAGCAGGGCAUCACGUACACCAAGGCUACCCCGUCCGAGUAUUCGCUAUGGAUGUUAUAUGGCCGUGAAAGCCUCCGACUCGCCACUUCUUGGCGCUUUGCUUUCGGAGGCGGCGAAUCGCUCACGACGACCGUCACGCAGCAAUUCGCGGACCUCGACCUUCCACAGCUCCACUUCUUCAACUCAUACGGACCCACGGAGAUUUCUAUAUCUUCCACCAAAAUGGAGAUUCCGUACCGAGACAGGGAAGCGUUAGAGCGUGUGGGUCGUAUUCCCUGCGGCUACUCGUUGCCUGGGUAUUACAUGUACGCCGUCGACGAGGAAUUGAGGCCGCUGCCCGCUGGUAUGCCGGGACAGCUCUGCAUCGGUGGUACAGGCGUGUCGCUUGGCUACUUGAAAAACCAAGAGCUCACCGAUAAACACUUCUUACCUAACCCAUUUGCCACAGAGGAGGAUAUCGCAAACGGCUGGACACGCAUGUACCUCACAGGAGACAUUGGCCACAUGAACCAGGAUGGCACGAUGGUCUUCCACAGUCGUAUGGCGGGUGACACGCAGGUCAAGAUCCGCGGACUACGCAUCGAGCUCAGCGAUAUCGAGAGCAAUAUUGUUGCGGCUUCCCAGGGGGCUCUGCGAGAAGCUGUGGUCACGCUACGCGAGGGCGAUCCGGAGUUCCUGGUCGCUCAUGUGGUUUUUGUACCAGAGUGCACCAUUGCGGACAAGGAAGCAUUCCUCCAACAGCUACUACACAACCUCCCAGUUCCGCAGUACAUGAUUCCUGUCGUGGCUAUUCCCAUCGACGAGCUGCCUCUGACCAAUCACUCCAAGGUAGACCGCAAGGCUGUCAAAAGCUUACCUCUGCCCCAGAGAGUUGGUCGGCCCGAUGCUAGUGACGAUGCAGAACUGACAGAGACCAUGAUUCAGCUCAAGGGCCUAUGGCGGGGUGUCUUGGGGAAAGCCAUCGAUCAACUUGGUUUUGACAUUACUCCGUCCACUAGUUUCUUCCUGGUCGGUGGCAACUCACUAUUGAUCAUUCGCCUGCAAUCCGAGAUCCGGAAGAGGUUCCGUGCCGCUGUGCCCCUUGUCGAUCUUCUUGGUGCCAAUACUCUGGGCGAAAUGGCACAAAAGGUCGAGGAAACCAUCUCCGUUAAAACCAUUGACUGGGAGUACGACACCAGGCCCCCUACUGUCUCUGCCCCUGCCAUUGCCCCCGUGCCCGUCGACCGAGCCAGAAAAGGAGCAACAAUCGUGAUUACGGGCGCCACCGGCUUCCUCUCCAAGCACCUGCUCCCCAUGCUUGACGCGAGGCCGGAUGUCGAUGUGAUCCAUUGUUUGGCCGUGCGAGACAUUGAAAGAGCGUACUCAUCACCCAAGGUCGUCCACCACCCAGGAGACUUGUCAUCACCAUUGCUGGGUCUCUCCAAAGAGGAAUUCAACGAGCUUUCGGCCACGGCUGAUGCCAUACUGCACAUGGGCGCCGCUCGCUCUUUCUGGGACAGCUACCACGUGCUACGCCCCAUCAACGUCGCCUCGACGAGCGACUUGGUCAAGCUGGCCGCGCCUCGCCGUGUGCCGAUCCAUUAUAUCUCCACGGCAAGCCUAUUUGGUGGGAGUACCGCGGCACUCGAUGGAAGUGCAGUGUCGGCUGCGGCGCAUCCGCCUCCCACAGACGGAAGCAGUGGCUAUGCAGCAACUAGGUGGGCCAGUGAGCGCAUCCUGGAGCGUUCUGCGGCAGAUCUGGGUGUCCCAUCGUCCAUCUACCGCCUCUGCCCCGCAUCAAUGCGACAGGAUGCCCCCCAAGCCCUUCUGGAUGAGUUCACCCACUAUGGUAGCAUUAUACGCGCAACACCCGACUUGAGCGGGUGGUCUGGUCGUCUAGACAUGCUCCCCGCGGUGCUGACAGCGCAAUGGCUCUGCGAGGCCUUGCUCAAUAAUGAGGAGCGGUCCGGCUCAGUUCAGUUUCGCAAUUAUGAGAGUCUUCUCACCGUCACGGGCGCAGAGCUUGCUGCAUGCUUUAAUCAGGAGCAAAGCGGCAGCGGCAAUCUCGAGAAAAUACCGCUGCUAAAGUGGAUUGGUAAAAUUAAAACGGCCGGGUUCCCUUAUUUCCUUGCGUCACAUGAGAUAGCCAUUGAGAAAGAAGGGAGUGUAAACGGCACGAAGUUGGAGAUGAGAAGAUGA